UUCAACGUCGUUUUGUAAUAAUGAAAGGACUUUUAUUGAAGGAUUACGUUUUUGUGAGGCUUGAGUGUUCUUCAUAUACUGACUGCUUGAGUGUUCUUCAUAUACUGAAUUCAUAUGAAAAAAGGAGCCUGUUCUUCACUGGAUUUUAGGAAGUAGGACGAAGAAACAUAGUUUUAAACCCUAGCAAAUUCUUUAUUUUGGGCAGCUCGAUUCAACCAAUGGAGUUGCCAAUCCUUCAAUUUGAAGAGAAAAUCAUAGAGACCAUUGCGAAAAAUCCAGUUACCGUGCUUAUUGGGGAGACCGGAUCAGGGAAGAGUACCCAGCUCUCGCAAAUGCUUCACAGAAGGGGAUACACCAAAACCGGCAUGGUGGCUGUUACUCAGCCUCGACGGGUCGCAGCUGUUACUGUCUCCAGACGGGUUGCGGAGGAGCUUGGUGUUGAGCUCGGACAGGAAGUCGGCUAUGCCAUCCGAUUUGAAGAUAGGACCUCUGAGAAGACACUCAUCAAAUACCUUACGGAUGGGGUCCUUUUACGUGAAAGCUUAUCAGAUCCCGAGCUAAAUCAAUAUUCAGUCAUUAUUCUGGAUGAAGCUCACGAAAGAAGUUUGAAUACGGAUAUACUGCUGGGCUUAAUGAGAAGAUUGAUUAAACUGCGCAGAUCUAACUUGAAAGUAUUGGUCACUUCAGCUACCCUGGAUGGUGAGAAAGUAUCCAAAUUCUUUGAUGACUGUCCAGUGCUCAAUGUACCGGGGCAACUAUUUCCAGUUCAAAUACUACACAGCCCAGAAAAACCCAAGAACUAUGUGGAGGCUUGUUUAAAAACAGCCCUUGAUAUACAUUUAAAAGAACCAGAAGGCGAUGUCUUAAUAUUUAUGACUGGACAGGAUGACAUUGGCAGGUUGGUGUCUAAGUUGGAGGAUAAAAUCCGGAGCCUUGAAGAAGGUUCUUGUAUGGAUGCUAUAGUGCUUCCUCUUCACGGAUCCUUGGCACCUGAAAUGCAGGUCCGUGUUUUCAACCGUCCACCUCCAAACUGCCGGCGAUUUAUUGUUGCUACAAAUAUUGCUGAAACUUCUUUGACCGUAGAUGGUGUUGUCUACGUUAUUGAUGCUGGGUACGUGAAGCAACGGCAGUACAACCCAUCAAGUGGCAUGUAUUCACUAGAUGUUGUUCAAAUUAGCAAGGUGCAAGCCAAUCAACGUGUAGGACGCGCUGGCAGAACUCGACCUGGAAAAUGCUACCGUCUGUAUUCUUCUAUUAUUUAUCAGGAUGAUUUUUUGGAUGCUACAGUCCCUGAAAUACAGAGGUCUUCUCUUGCUGGAGCUGUUCUGUAUUUGAAGUCAUUAGAUCUCCCUGAUUUGGAUGUUCUAAAUUUUGAUUUCCUUGACCCCCCAUCAGUUGAGUCUUUAGAAGAUGCCCUGAGACAAUUAUAUUUGAAUGAUGCUAUUGAUGAAAACGGUUCAAUUACAUGUCUUGGACGAACCAUGGCUGAACUUCCACUAGAGCCUUCUUUGUCGAGGACCUUAAUAGAGGCCAAUCACUUAGGUUGCUUAUCUCAAGCUUUGACAGUUGCUGCUAUGUUAUCGGCGGAAACAAAUUUGCUUCUUGGCCCUAGCAGGAAUGUUACUGAGAAGAAGAGGAAACAAGCUCCAUCAAACCUUCCUGAUGGAUCUGGGUGGGGUGAUCAUAUCCAGCUACUUCAGUUGUAUGAGCUAUGGAAUCAAACUGAUUAUAGCAUAGACUGGUGCAAUGAACAUAACUUGCAGGUACGAGGAAUGAUGUUUGUAAAAAACGUAAGGAAACAGUUGACUCAAAUAAUGCAGAAAAUGCCCAAAGAGUCUUUGGUUGUCCAAACAAGUAGAAGGCACAAAGAAAGUGAACAAGACUACAAAAAUUUGCGGAAAGCUUUGUGUGCAGGGUAUGCUAAUCAGCUUGCAGAGAGAAUGAUUCAUCAUAAUGGCUAUCGAACUCUUGGUUUCAAGUCUCAGCUGGUUCAGGUCCAUCCAUCUUCAGUAUUGAAAGCAGAUGAUGAUGGAAUGCUCUCAAAUUAUGUGGUAUAUCACGAGCUAAUAUCCACAACACGCCCGUAUAUGCGUAAUGUAUGUGCAGUUGAGAUGCAAUGGGUGUUGCCUGUCUUGGAAAGACUUAAGAAUCUAAACGUAAAAAAACUAAGUGGUGGAUCCUAUCACAGGGAAGAGAUAAUCGAAGAAACACGGUCAGGUUUGGGAAGAAAAGAUGCUGCCACUCAUGCUGAACCCCCAGAGGAGCUUGACAACAGGAUUCAAGCUGCGAGGGCACGUUUUCUGGCCCGCAAAGCCCAGAAAUAGAAUUGUUUGUCUGAAAAUGAUGUUGUGGUUCUCCAGAGCGUACAUAGAAAUCAAUUCAGACUACACAUGUGCCUUACGCCGUUGGUUACAUGUUGGUAUCCCCAGUGGAUGAUGUAGCCAUGUAAGUUCAAAGGCAGAUUAUGAGAUUGAAGUGAACUAAUAGAAAUCCUGGUUUGAUGCUACUUUAUUACAUCUCUAUAUCAGAGAUAAAGAGCUAAGGGUCGAUCAGUUAUUGUAAUUAAUACCCAUUAUUGUAAUACGUUAUUAUUAUUGUGAAUAUUAUUAAUUGAGAAUAACAUUUGAACAUUUCUCCCGAUUAAGGGUCUCUUAAUUCAUUUAUUUAUUUAAAGAAUAAAGAUUAUCAUUAUUCAAAUGCAGAGCAUUUUAGAUUAUAGUUAAAAUAUUAAAUUUUCCAGAAA